UGAGCUUGUAAUCUGCCUGAAAAUUUCAUUUUCACUAUUCAUUUGGCAUUCAUCCUUAUAAGUCAGAAGAAAAAAUUUUUAGAAUGAAUAACCAGUCUGAAAAUAAUGAUUCGGGGUCUCCAGUGGCCGAGGGUGCCUCCACAUUGUCGAAUGACUUGAUUAUUACCGCUCCCUCUGGUGACCACGUGGCAGGAACUUCCUCACAUGGACGCAUUAGCCUUGGAGGAUCUGGUGAUCAGGCUGAAGACCCUAAGCCUCAUAUCACUGAGUUGUUUGAGACUAUUGAAUAUGAUGAUUCUACCGACGAUGAUGAUUUCAUAGAUGUUCCGAAGACUGCUGAUCCUAAGACUAGUAAAUCUGAAGGUGUCGAUCCCGAAGCAGGGAAACCUACUGCCCAGCCAAAGAACAAGAAUAGGGCUUGCCGCAGAGCACACUCCGAAGAUGGAUAUUACAAUCCGCACUUCCAACCUCCUCCAGCAAGGAGGGCAUGUCGAGUUUUCCCACCUGAAUCUUUAGAACGGCUUUUGAGGUGCGUUGAAGAUACUCCUGAGAAAGAAGAGGCUGCUCAAGGAGAAACCAAUGUAAAUCGCGGUGCUAAAGUUGACAAUAAGGAGAAUUGCUCCCCCGACUGAAGUCGAGCAACGCGAGGAAGAUGAAGUCGUUGAGGACCAGAAGAAGAGUGAUUAACGCGAACCCUAAAAACCCGAUUAAGGGGUUCGAAACCAACUAUGAAUACAUAAGAAUAUUAAAUUGAAUACAAAUUGAAUAUAAUAUAGUUGGUUCCGAAUAAUUCAAACACAUUUAAAAUAAAUAUAAAAUAUUCACAUAUUAUGACCGUGCACCGAGCUAAACAGGAGAAUGAUCUAGCCGGUGAAUGAGUUCCAAUUCAUAUCGAAAAUAUGUAAAAUAAAAAUAAAGAAAAAUUUUAACCUAAA